CUAUGGCCUGAUUUUGGUUAAUAAAUUCUCAGAAUACCACCACUCAAAACCAGACUUCACCUCCAAACACCACGCCCAACAUGACCAUGACUCCUACAACCAAAGCCACCACACCAGCCCCUCCACCUCCACCUCCAGAGUGUUUUUACAAUGUCACAGCCAUCCAGUUUGGCUUCCAGGUUGACAUGUUGAACUUUACCCCCGCCAACUACAACGUCAUCAUUAAAGAAGAGGGCCGACCAGGCAAACCCAUCGUUCAGUCCUUCAAUCAAAAAUCACAUAAAAUCCCACAUCUGAAGCCCUGUACUGAAUAUGAGCUUAAUGUGACAUUCAUCGAUAACGCUGGCAAAGCAAAACCCUGUAAACACAUUGAAAAUAGAACUAUGACACUGACACUGGAUAUGACUCAAACUGAAGUUGAAGAAGGCAGCUGCAUGCCUGGAUAUGUUUGUUACCGGAGUAACUGGGACAUCAGCUCUUCACUUUCAACAAAAAAUUAUAUUCCAGCUAUGCCGUGCAAAAGCAACAAUAAAGAGUUCUGCAUCAAACCUGGUUACAAUGACAUAUGCACAAAUUUAACUACAAGCUUCACUUCAGGAAAGUGUGGGGCUUUCUUUCACCUCACCAAAGACAUCACUGUUGAUUUCUUAGAUCCAAAGGAAAUAACUCAGACAGGUCCAACUGAACUUCCUGCAAAAAUUGAACCAAAUUUACCUCCAAACUGCAGCAAUCUCACCAUUGAUUACACCUGUCAGGCUGUAACGCGCAUGCGCAAGAACUUCGACUGCACGAGAGGAACGGCCGAGACUCACGAGACACGACGACAGGAACGAGCUGAUGAACACGAGGCUUCACGCUGCACACACUGUGUAAGUACUUCAACUACUGGAUUCAGUUAUUCACGAUGCAGGCGAGGCUGCUAGCUUGUAGCGUUAGCAUGCUAGCUUGUAGCUACUGCUACCUGGACAACAGUAAACAUUAAUAUGUGUGUAAGUUAAUGUUGAUGUGUUUAUGGGCUGUCGCUGUAGUUCACUGAUAUAAAGUGAGUUUUAGGCCAUUUUACAUCUUAAUACAUUACAGAGAGCUAGUGGGGCUGUACACAGUUUAAAUGGGGAGGUACACAGUUUAAAUGGGGAGGUACACAGUUUAAAUGGGGAGGUACACAGUUUAAAUGGGGCUGUACACAGUUUAAAUGGGGAGGUACACAGUUUAA